CGUACUGACGCUUGCGCGGUGUUCAGCAACAUGUUUAAUGCUGACAAAGUAGUUUCGAUUCAAUAUAGCUAUGUCAAAUAAAAUUUGAACACUUCAAUCUUACAUGUAGCAUUUAGUUUCGUUCCUGUUUGGUGACACGUGACCUUUAACACGUAACUGAGUGAGGAAAAACCGAGCACUGGGAGUGGACUUUAACAACACUGAAGUUUAAGAACAGACGCUGUUAGACAUGUCUGAAACCAUGAAGAAAUUCACUCCACGCGACAAAGGUAUUAAACUGGUGUCAAAACCAAACGAUUUCGAUGUAUUUGAUGAUGAUCCAGAUGUUUUAAGGGCAGUGUUAUCCUGUGGUCACAUCACAGAUCCAAAUUCACUGACAGAUUGUUGUAAAACGCAGCUGGACUAUGGACAGACUGAAUUCAAAUGCCCAGUGUGUGAGGAAACAUGGCCAUAUGAUGAAGUGAGAAAACUGGCAAAACUUACACUUGAAGAGCAGCUGAGUUUUGAGGAAAAGCUCGGGACCAACACUGUUAAGAAUUUAUUUGACUUCAGGGUUUGUCCUGGUUGUAGCACCUUUGUUGAAAGGUUGGAUGUUUCCAAUCUCUGCGUGGAGUGCCCAGUUUGCACAGAAAAGACUGGAAAUUCAUAUGAAUUUUGCUGGAAUUGUUUAAGAGAGUGGAAAGGGUCUCAAAAUCGUGCUGAGCGAUGUGGUAAUGUGGGAUGUACCAUUGACAAGAAACUGCUGAAAGACUGUCCAAUGAUCUCCUUAACAUACUUUGAAAAUAAGGUGCAGUGUCCAAAUAUCCGUGCAUGCACAUCUUGUGGUGUGCUGAUUGAACACACUAAUGAUGGAUGUAAUAACAUGGAAUGCCCUGAAUGUGACUUUGAGUUUUGCUUUAUUUGUUUAAAUCCUGGCCAUGACUAUGAUGAAGAUCAGCCAUGCAAACUGGCUCCAAGGCAAAUAGAGUCUGAAUCACAGCAGUAACUGCACUGGGAGAACGGCUUUCAUUUUAAAUCAUUUUUAUUUAUUCUAAAAUUCUGUGGUAUGUUUAUGUAUUUGCAAAUAAAUUGAAAUAGAUUACAUAUAUUA